CCUAAUAACUGCCUUCUGCCAUAGAACAAGAACCCAAGAAAGCCGCGCACCGCAGCCAUGGAGAUGGCCCGCGCCUUCUUCCACACCCCGCAGCGGCAGCACCACCUCGCCGAGCUCCGCAUUGAGGGCGACCAGUCGCCGGUCGCCUUCUCCGACCCCUGCGCCACCGGCCGCAAGCGCCGCUGCCUCUUCCCUGCCUUCUCCCCGCGCAAGAAGAUGUUGGUCGACCUGCCCCCCUUCUCCUCCGCGCCCGCGCCUUCCCAGCCACCCAGCGCCGGCCGCACCGUCAGCGUUUUCUCGUCGGCGCUGUCGCCUUCCAGCGGAAGCAACGGAAGCUUCGCGUUCUGCGCUUUGCCGGAACAGCCGGCGCCCAAGGGCUCCAACUGCAGCGGCGCCUUCGCGUUCUUGACUUCGCCGGAGCGGUCGUUGACCCCCAUGGGCUCCACCGCCAGCAGCGGUUUUGGGGUCUUUUCUUCUCGGCCGUCGUUGUCUCCCGGCCACGGGGGCUCCAACGGAACCGGCGCCAUCGCGUCCUUGGCUCCCCCGACGCCGACGCGCACGGGAUCCAACGGCAACGACGGCGGGGAACCGGCGUUCCUGGCUUCUCCGAACCCGGCGCUCGGGCGGAAAGAUUCUUCAGCGUCUGCGGCAGACAAGGCGUUGUCUCCCGCGGGUCCCAGGAUUAGCGGCGGUGGCGAUCUCGUCUUCUCGCCGCCACUCGUCCUCCCGGCCUCCCGGACGUCGGCAUCUCCGGAGCGGAAGACCGAGGGGAGCACCCUCUGGUCACGGCGCCGCGGGAACAAGCGGCAGUUGGAAGAGCAGCUGCAGGUCACCGUGCCGCUGAAGAAGGUCGCCAAGACGGAAGCGCUGGCCAUCGGCGACCCUACCCGUCGCGCCACCCUGUCCGUGUCGUCGACCAGGCCGUGCUGCGCGUUCGUCAAUUCGCCGGCGAAGGCGAUCAAUCAGGAAGGCAGCAAGGACAUCCUCGCCGCCAGCGGCGCAUCCUGCUCGUCAUCGCCGUAUCAGUCACCGGCCGGAACGAUCUGCACGUUCGACACAUCGCCAACAAGGCCGCUGGAGAAGGCGAGCAGGCUGGAGAGCGAGGGCGGAGGUGGCCACGGAGCGGCGGCGUGCCCAGGCGCCGAGGUGGUGGCGUGCGUGACCUGCUCCUGCGGUGCCCGGAAGGAGUUCUGCUUCGACCACCGCCACUGAGGAGCUCGUUCCCACGUCCGUCGCCACCGGCAGUUACUUCGUCAAUGGGUUGCUUCAUCAGUCUGACCUGAAUUCAGGACAUCGAUAACUGCAUUGUGCUCUCGGAACUGUGUGUGUGUUAUGAAAGCUGUAGCGAGUGGACGGUUCUCUCUGUAGUUUCCCUGCUGUUUUCUUCUUGAUUUGAACUGGAAAGUGCUAAAGAGUCAAAGACGCUUGUGUUCCUGUUAAACGUAUGCCGUUCCUUUA